AUAUUGAGCAUGAUUUAAUUAUGUGUAUAUGAUACAAUACUUAUUCUAAAUUUCCGAAGUCCGAAGUGUUCGUGAUUCAGAGAGCAGUAGACACCAUAACGCUACUUAACGUUAGGUCGGUCUGCUUUUAUCCCCCCCACACACACACACAGAGAAAGCAGUGACCACGCUUUUCUAUAUUAGCUUAACCAGGGAAAUGUGGUUUGGUCCUGAUGAGAGAGUGAGUCCUGAUUUAUGCUUCCUCCUGUCUGCCCAUUGCACUGUACUCGUAACAGAUCCUGGGUGUGAUAGCUGUUUCCUAACUCCACUCCACUGAUUUGGUGUAGACGGCACUGCUGAGCUUGCCUGUGAUUUGAAUGUGGCAGUGUAAAGGUUGCAGUUCAAAGACCUCAACUAGAGGCCAGUUGCUUAAACAUUACAGAUUAAAACAUCCCCAUUAUGGGCGCAGGCACCCAUAUCCUUGUCCAUAUAGUAGUUGUCCAUGUACAUCUAAGUCAUGGAAUGCGCUCAGGUCACAUUUGUGUAGAGUCCAUACUAGAGAAACAUCACGGCAAACAUUGACAUCGGCGACAUUCAGCUGUCGUGUUUGUGGGUUCUCUGAAGUUGCCUCUGAAAAGGAGUAUUUCACUCAUAUAAAUUUGCAUCUCAAAGCCAAUGAAACAGUCCCCUGUAUGUUCAAGGGUUGUACAUUUAGGACAAAUAUUUAUGGGACAUUUAAAUCACAUAGAAAUAGAAAGCACCUUGGUUAUUCUUACAGUGACUUUAAACCUGCAAUAGUUACAGAAAGAGACAGUUUUGAAAGCUCAAGUGUUUCAGGUGAACAUGGAGACAAUGAAGAAUCAGAAGAAGCCCAGCUUGAAGUGCAGUCUAGUUUUCAGAGAGACUGCUCAGAAAAUCUUGAGAAGAUGAUAGAAGAGAAACUUGCAGCAGUGUUGCUUAAGCUGGAAAACAUACUCCAUGUUCCCAGUAAUGCAGUUGAUGAGCUUUUACAGGACUUGCACUUCCUAAUGAGUUCUGCAUCCCAGACUACAUUAAAUGCCAUUAUUUCAGAUUUUUGUACUAAGCAUAAUCUUGCUCUUGAUGCAAAAGAAACUGAGGAAUUGGCCUCUGCCUUCUGUCUUGCUAAUCCCUUGACCAAAGCAAUUGGAGAUCAGGGCCCACUUAGCACUGCUUUUAAGCGGAAACAGUAUUUCAAAGACAAGUUCCAAGUAGUUGAACCCGUUGAAUAUGUUUUGGAUAAGGAGCGCAACCAUACCUACCAAUAUGUGCCAUUAUUGCAGUCAUUGCAGCAGCUCCUUAGCAAAGAUGGUAUAGUUGAUGAUGUAGUAGAAAACUACAGUGCUCACCAAAAUGAAACUGCACAAGAAGAAUACAGGUCAUUUCGGGAUGGAGAGUUUUUCAGACAAAAUGAGUUCCUGUCUUCAGGGGAAUUGAGAAUAAGUGUGACCCUCUAUAUUGAUGAGUUUGAAGUGUGCAACCCUCUGGGCACUUCCAGAAAGAAGCAUAAACUUUGCGCAAUGUACUGGAUUUUGAGCAACUUACCCCCAGGCCAGCACUCCUCUUUGUCAUCCAUCUACUUGGCAGUAUUGUGUAAAAGUAACUAUAUCAAGGAAUAUGGAUAUGGAAAAGUGCUUGAACCUCUUUUGCGUGAUCUGGUUGUCUUGGAAGAGCAUGGCGUGUUUGUCCCACAGAUUGGAAAAAAUAUUAAAGGCACAGUACAAUGUGUAGCUGCAGACAAUCUGGGUGCCCAUGGGAUUGCGGGCUUUGUGGAAAGUUUUUCAGGAGAGUAUGUUUGUCGAUUUUGCACAGGGCGUUUCAGUGAUUUUCAGUCCAAGCAGGUUCUGUCGGGUGACUUUAGUCUUAGAUCCAAAGACGAACACAAAGAACAUGUCAAACAUGCAGCGGAAAGUGGAAAGCCUUGUGUUGGAGUGAAAAGGCCAUGUGUGCUGACAGAAAAUCUUUCUCAUUUUGAUGUAACAACUGGAUAUCCACCUGAUGUACUCCACGAUCUGUUGGAGGGUAUUGUUCCAGUGGAACUUGCACAGUGCCUGGGUGUGUUGAUAUCCAAACAAUACCUCUCUUUGGACACUUUAAACAAGGUCAUUCUCAAUUUCCCUUACAAAGGAGAAGAUAAAACAAACCGCCCCCAUGUUGUGCCACAAAAACUUUUAAGCAAAAAGACAAUAGGUGGCAAUGCUGCUGAAAAUUGGACCCUCCUGAGAUUGCUGCCUUUCAUGAUUGGAGAUGUUAUACCUGAUGGUGAACCAGUGUGGGAGAUAAUUUUGGAUUUAAAAGAGAUAGUGGAACUUGCUGUUUCUCAGGUCCAUACAGAAGAAUCCAUUGGAUAUCUUCAGUUCAAAAUAUCUGAUCACAGACAGAAAUAUCAAGAAGCAUUUCCCAACCAAAAACUCCUCCCAAAGCAUCACUUCUUAGAGCAUUACCCACACAUGACCCGAUGUUUUGGUCCUCUAGUUGGGGUCUGGACCAUGAGAUUUGAGGGCAAACACAGUUUUUUUAAGGAAGUUGCCCAUCACACCAAGUGUUUCAAGAAUGUUGCUCUAACACUGUCAAGAAAACACCAGAUGAUGAUUGCGUAUCACUUACACUCGUCGGGUCCACAGAAACCUGGAGUUGAAGUAUUAAGUGUAUCGAGAGUCCCUGUCGAGGUGCUGAAAGAUGAUGUAUCAUUGCCUCUUCAGCAGAUGUACCCAAACAUGGCAGAAGUAAACAUGGCUAACAGUGCAGAUUGCAAGGGGGUCAACUAUAGAAAGGGAAUGAUUUACACAUUUGUGGAUUUACUGAUGGGCACAUGUGUAUGUAAAUAUAUUAUUUAUGUCCACAUAACAUAACUGA